UCCUGAGGUAUUUCAUGAACGCGGACUCCGAGCGCCGGCAAUCCUCAAUUUCUCUCUUCCAGCCGAAAUUGGAGGACAAAUCCGCACAGCUUUUCUUCUUCCUCGCUUGAUUUCAGUUCGAGAGAUGGGGUUCUCUUUCCCCUUCUCUGUGAAGCCUCGUCAAGCAUCAGAUUCUAGGCUUUGUCCUUUUCUUUAGAAGGAGGUCUUUGGGAUUAAUGGAUAUUGCUUGAUUUUGGCUGCUUCUAUCUUGCUAGGUAAGGUAGAGGGCUGAGAUAGAGAUAGGGUUUUCGUUUCUGUAGGGUUGCCUAAUCUUCAGCAGAGAAGAAGAUAGUAUAAGAAGAGAUGAAGGUCGGCGGUGUUUACUUACUGGCUGUUCUUAUGCUGCAUAUGCUUUUCUUUGGUAACGCUUCAGCCGAGGGCGAUUCCAGUGGACUUUCAACGUCUAACACUAGUAGCCAUGCUGUAGUUCUAAGUGGUACAAAAAAUGUUCCUGAUCUUGCGAAAGUAGAUGGUGAGAAGAAGGAGAAAGAUCAAGGCGGCAGUUCUCAAAAGGAAACACCAACAAAUUCUGUCAAGGACAAAGAGAAGAAUUUGAGUGAGGAAAAAGAUAAACCUUUGGAGGAUCCGAAGGCUUCCGGUGAGGUUAUCAAGGAAACUUUUGACGACGGAUCAAAUAAAGAUAAGCCACGUACUGUUGACUCUCAGGCAGCAGGAUGUGAUCCAUCCAACAGAUGUGUUGACAAGAAGACCAAAUUGGUUGCUUGUCUGAGAGUACCAGGAACAGAUACGCAAGCUCUUUCACUUGUAAUUCAGAACAAAGGAAAAGGAUCUCUUGAUGUUAAAAUCAUCGCCCCUUCUGUUGUAAGUCUGGAGCAAACUAAUAUGCAAAUCAAAGCUAAAGAAGACAAAGAGGUGAAAGUUUAUGUAAAAGAGGACAAUACAAAAGACUCGUUGCUAAUUCUUCAAGCAGGAGGUGAUAAUUGUAGCCUGGACUUCAGGAACAUAAUCCCCAACCCUAUAACCAAAAGUGAAACGCUCACCACAUCCAGAUUCCUCAACACAUCCACAGGCUUCGCACUUCUGUGCAUCGUUCUCGCCGCAGCUGCGGCCGUGCUCAUCGUCUGGUUAUGUGUUAGGUUUCGCCAUUUUUUGCCGCAACAAUCGGGCCACCCGAAAUACCAGAAGUUGGAGGUCGGAUUACCCGUUUCGAUCGGAGGAAAGAAGGAAGCCAGUGAUGGCGACGGUGGUUGGGAUGACAGUUGGGGAAAUGGUUGGGAUGUGGAGGAAGCUCCAAUGACACCCUCAAAGACCAUUUCGAAUCCUUCGUUGAAGGGCUUAGCUUCUAGGAGAUUUAACAAAGAUGGAUGGAAGGAUUAGAAAGGAAAUUUUGAUUUUUUUUUUCUUUUAAUUUUGCUGAAUUUAUCAUGAUUUUAUAGAUUGUUUAUAUUUGGGCUGCCUGAUUUUUUAUAAACUCUUAUAAACCAGAAAGACAGCUUCAAGAGAAACUGAGAAAGCUUCUGUUUCUUGGGAAAUAUACAACAUACCACACAGUUCUCAUGUAUUUUCAUAUCUAACGACUAAACUUUGAUAUUUACAUUUAUAAUAAUUUGAUGUUAAAACUUUUGCAUGAAAAAUGUGUAUUUCAGAGAAAAAAAAUAUUAUCUGUACUUCAAUGAGGACGUGCCACGUGGCAUUAUGAUGGGACCAUUGUAUACGUUACACCUCCCAGUUGGAGUAUUGAUGCAUCAGUAUUCCUGAGGUAAUAUUUUUUCAUUUCAGAGACAUGAGUUAGUAAUAGUUGUAUUAUGAUGUCAUGUCAAAGAUUUGUGGCAUGGAUGUAAAUAUGAAAGUUUAGGUGUUAGAUAUGUACAUGUAUAAGAACUGAGUGGUCAACUUGGAUUCGAUCAAAUGGAU